UCUCUCUCUCUCUCUCUCUUCCCCGCCCACCACUCUCUCUCACUGUACAUCUCUACUCCUCCCAUGGCGUUUGGAUACAUAAGGCAGUUUCUGGCUUCGGAGGCGUUCAAAAAUUCAGGGAGAGAAAUAAUAGACGUCGUACCGAGACUGGUAAAGUUCGUAUGCUUCGUCCAAGUCACCAAGACGCAACUCCUCACCGUAGCUCUGUGCUACGGUCCCAGCAUGCUCCCGACCAUCGGCCUGGCUGGAAAUAAUUUGUGUUUGGCUGAACGCAUCUCGACCCGGUUCGAAAGAAUCGGUGUCGGAGAUAUUGUCAUGGUACGGUCGCCUGAGGCUCCUCGGAAGACCGUCGCCAAGAGAUUGAUAGCAACGGAGGGUCAGUCUGUUACUUAUGUUGUCGACCCUAAGAACGGUGAUCGGUCGGAGACUAUAGUGGUUCCCAAGGGACAUGUUUGGGUAGAGGGAGACAACAUCUAUGCCUCGCGUGAUUCGAGGAAUUUCGGGCCGGUUCCUUACGGGCUAGUUGAAGGCAGAAUCUUCUGGAGGAUAUGGCCGCCCAAAGACUUUGGAUCGUUGGAGCAAAGCAAAAGGAAGGAUAUGGACUCAUGAGGUACACUUACUGAACAUGCACAGUGUUAGUAAGCCAUUUGUAACUAGACAAUCUUGUUCUGAAGCUGCUGUUUGAGUGAUGUAUAAGCUCCUUUUAAAUCAUUGAGCGGAUACAAUCCUUUUCGCAAGAUAGUCGUAGCAAGAGAGGGAACAAGAUGCUUUUCCAGUUAAGGGCACGCCAGUACUGAUAGUCGUCGAAUUUUACACAUCUUAGCCAGUUUUGAGGUUCAAUCUUUUGUGGUUCAAUCUUUAAAUCCACCACCAACUUACGUUUCAGUGAUUUCUCCAUUGAUGCCAUGGUUUACUGUAUACGUGGAUUGUGAUUGCCUUUCGAUGGAAGUGAUCUCUAAGAAUUCAUACUUUCUGCAUAAACUUAUAUUUCAGUAGUCCUGAGAAAUCUUGGGGUUGCAGUCUUCA